AUGAAGCCUGUUUUCGCUUUGACAGUCUGCCUCGGCGGCAUCAUGGGCGCUGAAGCCUGGGUUCUUCCUCCCGGUGCUGCGCCCAAGGCUGGUUAUGCUCUUCGUCCAGAUGACAAGGCUGGUAACAAGAACGCCGCCGAUACAAAGAUCAAGUUCUCGCCCGCUGGUUCUUCAUCCUCUUCUUCUUCCAAGUCAAACAAUGUCGUCCCUGGCUUCAUCAACCCAAAGACCGGUGGUUCAAAGCGCCGUGGCAUUGACAGGCGCGAUGACGGUGAUGACGAUGGCUCUGAUGAUGGCGAUGCUGGAGAUGAUGACCCUGAGGUCACCAUCUUCACUGGUCCUUCCACCAGAAUCGGCACCCUAAAGAAAGGAGAAACCUCUGGCAAUGAUGAUGAUGAAACAAAGUACUUCAAGACCAACAACAAGAAGCAAAACGGCAAGAACAAAGACGACGACAAGAAGAAAGAUGAUGACAAGAACAAGACCAAGACCAAGAAAGAAGACAGCACCAAAACAAAGACAAGCGACGAUGCGUCCAAGACAAAGUCCAGGCAUUCCGGUGACGACGACGAUAAGAAGACCACCAAGACCAAGAAGGAGGAUAGCACCAAGACAAAGGCUAGUGAUGGUGUGAAGAAGACAAGCAAGUCUAAGCACUCGGGUGAUGAUGAUGAUAAGAAGAGUACCAAGACGAAGAAGGAGGAUUCUACGAAGACGAAGGGUAGUGAUGGUGCGAGCAAGACUUCCAAGGGGAAGGGGAAGGAUGAUGAUAAGCCUGAUAAGAACCCUUCGAAGGAGAAGCCUUCGAAGGAUGAUAAGAAGUCUUCUAAAGACGACAAGAAAGCUGACGAUAAAAAGUCCGGCUCAAAGGGCAGCGAUGACAAGAAGGUCGAUGACUCCAAGAAGUCCAAAAGCACAUAA